AUGGCUCCCUCGACCACUCUUUCAGAAACUGCAGAGUCCCCUACGCCAGGCUUAAAGAGACGUGCAACAUCACUCCUGCCCGCCUUUGAGCCUCUUUUGUCCUCGCCAUCUCUACCGAGACCACUGAAGCGGAAUCGAGAUGCAUACGACGAGCAACCGACAUAUCCUACGCCAGUACCUACUUCCUCCACUGCUGUCCUGUCUUCUUCACCUUCACGCGUUACGCAGUCAAAGCUCAAUCUUCCCAAGCCUUCUUCCACGCUCUCAGAACGGACUCCUCUUGGAACUGUCCCGUCUAUCCAACUAAAUGCGGAUGGAAAGAUAACGCGUAUGGGGAGAUCCAGUGCUUCCUGCGACUACCAGUUCGCGGCCAACCGUCUCAUUUCCAGAGUUCACGUCGAAGCUUGCUACAAACCAGCCGGUUCGCGCCUUGAGCGUGAUCGUGUCGAGAUAAUGUGUUCGGGUUGGAAUGGCAUCAAAAUACAUUGCAAGGGUCAGGUGUACGAGGUCAAGAAAGGGGAGACUUUCUCGUCCGACAUGAGGGAUGCCGAGAUCAUGGUUGACGUUCAUGACAGCCGUGUUGUCGUGCAGUGGCCGCCGAAGCCUCAUUUGGGUGCUAUAUCGUCCGAUGACGAUGAGGAUGAGGAGGAAUCUCCCACCAAGAGACAGCGUGCCAUGCUACGCCAUUCAACUCCUCCAAGCCCGAGUCCAAUGCAAGCUCGACGACGACCUGCUUCUCCAGUUUCGCCGUCACCUGCCGUGCAAGCAUUGAUGCCGUCUUCACCGCCUCUUCCUCCCACCCGAGCACCUGGUGAAACCGUCGAGAUAUACGAGGAUCCGGAGCCAUCUCCCGAGCUCAACGGAAUAUCUGAUGUCGCAGAAGUGUCCCAGACUACGCAGGCCCUCUCUCAAAAUGUUCCCUAUACCGGCGUUUCGCAGAAUAAUGUUUCCAGCACCAGUGAGGAUUUUUCUGACAAUGAUGAGGAGAAUGAUCCCAUCAUCCACUCGUUUGGACCAUUUGGUGCUAAUCUUCUACCACGUAUGGCUUCGUUUGCUGCUGGAGAUUCUCCUCGCCCUAGUGUAUCUAUUAAGAGUUCUCGAUCAUCACACACUGAACCUCUUCAUCCGCAUCAGGCUCCCGCCAUGCCCCAGAAGCCAUCGCCAGAAAUCGACGUGCGAAGUCACAUUAUCAACCAACUCGCGUUUUCAAGAUUAUCUUCCACCCCGUUGUCAACCAUCCUAAGCCACCUCCCACGAGAGGCAGGUGUUCUGUCCAUAAAUGAGAUUAGAAGCGUUAUUAGUGAGACGGCCUGUAUUGGCGAGGUUGCCAGGGAAGGUAAAGAUGCGGCUGGAAAACCUCUCGAAAGCGAAUAUUAUUAUAUUCCGGAUCUGGAUGAAGAUGAAAAGAGGAAGGAGGCCGUGGUCAAUGACUUGCGAAAACCCGGAUUGCGAGCGUGCCGCAAGCAGCAUAAGCAAUACUUCUGGCGAAAGCCGAAAUGA